AUUGCCCAAUUGAUCUGUAGUGUUCUGCUAAAACAGGAACAGAAGUAUUGUUUGAAUUAAUCUUGUUUGUUUUUGCAUUUUUUAAAUUUUUUUCUAUAAUUAUGAAAGUGGAAAAAGAUUAUAUUUUCUACAGGAUAUUUUUUGAAAUUUUUGCUUUUUUAUACUUUAUCUGGUUUGUUUAUUUAGUUUAAGAACAUGUUGUGGUUGUAACCUGACAACAGACCUCUGGAUAAUUGUGGUUAAAUCAGAUCUAAAAAGUAUUUACUUUUCAUGAAUCACAUGUAUAAAAUUUUGCCACAUUUUUCAAGUGCACCUCACCUUUGAAAGACUUGAUUUACUAAUAAACGUGGGUUCCAUCGCUUCCAGGGGAAGGGAUACAGUUUAAUUAUCUCACAACCAGCAUCAAUAUUUUACAAAAAAAAGUUUUUUAAGACGAAUAAAUAAUAAAAUAUUAUAUGCACAAUAACACAAUAUUACAUGGAUCUUUUCUGCAUUUAACUGAUUAAUCUUAAUCGAUGAAUGUAAAUAAUGUAAAAUUUGAAUAUCAAACAUUAGUAGUGAACGCAGCUGACUUGUGUUUACAUCAGAUUUGCUUUAGUGAUGAGGGCUUGGUGGCGUCCCCUUCUCCUCAGAGUGGCCCAUUUAUCAUAUCUCCGCCUUCCACCGUGUUAGCUCCCAGGAGGGCGGCUCUUUAAAUUGCCCCAAAUCUUCUCUUGACUGCCGCCUUUUCCCCCUUUAUUCACCGGAGACAGGACACGCGUGAUAUUUACAGGAGGGUGUUUGAAUAAACGUCCCAACCUGCUGGUGAAGGUCUAAAAGGCUAAAUCAAACAUGAGCGACAAGGGGACAGUCUCACCGAAGGAAAAGGAGGCAACAGAGAAGAGGGGGCGUGGAAGACCCCGUAAGCAGCCGCAGGAACCAAGUGGGUCUCCCACUCCUAAGAGGCCCAGAGGACGGCCGAAGGGCAGCAAAAACAAGGCGACAAGCAAAGGCAAGAAGGCAACAGCAGCCCCAUCUGCAGGAGGAAAAGGCAGAGGAAGACCUAAGAAGGAGGAAAAGGAAGAAAAGGCAUCCCAGGAAUCAUCUGAAGAAGACGAGGAGGAGGAGGAGGAGGAGGAGGAAGAGGACCAGUAAUUCACAACGCAUGCUACCUCACUCAACAUACUGACUUACUGUUAACCAGAACUGGGCUUUAUCUUAAACACCAGUGCCACCACAUGACCACUGUUCACGACAAGACCCUCUGUCAGAAACAAGGGUCAACCCAGUACAUAUAUCAUGCAACAGCACUGGAUAUAACGAUGGACGUUGCUCAAGCAUAGAUGUAAGAAUUACAUGACAGGUAACAUCCCUUUUCUUUACAUGUCAUAAUAUCACAAGUCUCUUAUACUGGACAGAGGUUUGUUUUCCCGUAAAGAUGGUUUGGACAUUUUCUAUGCUUAAUCUUGUUUGUUGAACCUGCAUCUGAGAUGGUAGGGCAAAUGGGUUUCUCUGUUUUAUACUGGACAAAGGUGAAUUUUACUUGCAGUUUUAUUUGGUUCAUGUAAGUGUUAGCGUGGAGUGGUUAACUUGUCUUUAGGAUGAGAAUAGGUCACAUGUUUGUUUUUUCGGCUUAACUGAUGUCAUCCUGUCUCACCAAUAGAGCAGAUCCACCUUCACUUUUCCUCUGUCUCCUGUUGGUCUAGGUUUAGUCGUACGCCUUUAACUUCCUCCUCGGCGUGUAGUGGGGAAACAAAGUGUUUAGUGAUCAGAAUAAUCUGAUUGACUUACUGUUCUCUUCCUUUGGGUUAUAUACAUUUUAAAAACAUGUGCUGCUUUUCAUAUCAUGAUAAAGUUGACAUUUGUUGGUAUAAUGUGUUUUAAGGAUAGGUUUGGCAGAAGUCUAGGCGGAGAGGAUCAGUGUCGUUUCUUCAGGGAGCUUUUUCAAAUGCUGUUACAUUGGCGCCUCCUUCGGCCUCCAUGUGCUUGCUCAAUCACUCAAAGCAAAUUGCAACUGGUCAAACAACGCAUUUGAUUGCAACAGAGGGUAGUUGGGCGCUUUCCUUUUUCUACCUGGCUCUCGUGGCUUCACCAGCUCGGUCCUUCUGUCUAAAACAGUAAUACAUUAAUUUUUUUGAAUGAUGUCCACAGGAAAACGAUGUUUGUGUAUUUCUGUGUAAGUGUCAGGGAACCUGCGGUCACAGUCCACUUAACUGGGUUUUUCCACACACCUAAGCUGCUACAACCUCAGUUACAAAACCCGGAAAACUGCAAAUAGGCGACUCGAAGCCUGGAAUUUCAUACCUCACUCAACAGCUUACUUUACCAUUUAAUUUUUUUUUUUAUGUAAUCUCUGGUAUGAGUUUGUAAGAUGUUAGUACCAAGUUGUUUUUUCCGUUGCCUGACUGUAAUAAGGUAUAGAAGAUGUCAAGUGUGCGACUGUGUGCAUAUGCAACACGUCUCGGCUCGUUCAUACCCAGAGCUCGCAGAUGGGUUGGGUUGUUGUUUUUUUUAAACGUGUGAAGCAAGUCAGGGAGACCUGUCAGCUUGACGACUGUGUUGGCUGACUGUGGUAGAUUAGCUGGUGUGUUUUUAUCCUUUUACAUUUUUUUUUCUGGUGCACUGAAAUGUUGGUUCAGAUUUUCAUGGACAAAUGUGUGUUUGAUAGACGGGGCGCUUUUUCAUUCAACUGUUCAUGCUGUGUCCCAUACGGCUACACUUAAUAUGACUCACCCCAUGGUCACUUCAUGACUUCGUUUUUCUGACAUCCUCCAGCUACACUUUACAAGAUCGGUGUCAUUCUACACGCAUUGUAUUCCAUCUGUGCAUUUAUAGGAUGAGAUCAUUCUUUUUAAUGUACACCGUAUAUAAAUGUACAAUGUCUAUAUUUCUAUGGUGCCCUACAACAAUUUGUAUCAGAAAUGGUCAAUAAAGAUUCCUUUCUUUGUCA